UUUGAGUACAGAGGUUUUGAGUAUAUAGAGGUUCAGGCUGUGGAGUAUAUAGAGGUUUUGAGUAUAUAGCGGUAUUUGCUGUGUAGUACAGAGGUUUUGAGAAUCAUACCGGUGUUAUCCCUGCCAGUGAGUAUAGUGGGUGCCUUGCCUAGGCUGUCAGAGUUAUAUAGAGUAUUCCUUGGCUGAUAAUGAUCCGGCUUUUGGGCCCCUGCCAAGUCUGUUAUGUUGGAAAGUAGGCUAAGCUUUGGUUGGCUGCCUGCCUGCCUGGCUGGCUGGUUGGACUGACACACUUGCUCACAGAGGCAGAACCAAGCUGACAGCUAGCAUACCUACCUGGCCCUGUGUGUAUGGCUCUAUCAGUUGUAAAGCCACAGAGCUUGUAGGCCCUCACUCUUUCUCUACCCACACAGCUGUACACAUGGUCUGGCGAUAUGGCCACAGUGUAACAUGCUAUAACAUCUUGGGAUCUACUUAAAUCAUUUUCACUGUGGAUUGUUAUUCUGUGAACAGUUCUGGAUUUUAUUUUGUUCUAAUAGGAGUUUAUUACAUACUGUGUGAGGAUAUUUUUAACAUGGUAUACAGGAUGGAUUAAUAACACCGGAUUUUUCCACUGACCUACAUUUGGUGUGUUAAGAUUUUUUGACUUGUGGAGGACUGGCAGUAGUAGAGCACUACCUGUGUAUAUUUAUGGGGAGUCUCUGAAAAUGUACGAAUUUCCUUCACAAUGCCCCUGUUCAUCAAAUGAAUUUACUCAACUGUGUGAUUUCUAUCCCCAGGGACCUGUCUAUCCCUCUGACCCCAUGGAAGCCGCAAGCUGUGGAGCUUCUUCAGAACAUCGCUUUGCAGAAUAUAGCUUCUCAUCAAUGCAAAGAUGUCAUCUUUGCGACAAGUUUCUCUAUGGACUUGUGCGCCAGGGACUUCAAUGUCGGGAAUGUGGUAUGUGCUCUCACCGCUACUGCUCCGCAUCAAGAACGUCAGAAUGCAAUGUACCAAAGAUAGACCGCUUGAGAAGACCCAGUUUCACACAAAAUUCAUCAUUUGGGGCAGAAUUAGGAGAGGAAGUUAGUAAGUGCCAGUUAGAGGCGCCCUGGAUCAUUGUCAAGUGUACGGAGGUGAUUGAGAAGUGGUGUGUGGACCACAAAUCUGAAGCACUAAGUGUUUAUAGAAUUUUUGCUAAGACUGAGGAAAUCAACGAAAUCAAGGCUGAACUAAACCUAGUAAAUGAUCCUACACAGGUGAAUCUGGCUCCGUUUAAUGUGCACUGUGUUGCUGGGGCCUUAAAAAAGUACCUCCGCGAGCUUCCCAACCCAGUCAUCCCUGUCGACAUGUACGACGCUUUCAUGGCUGUUGCACAGCAACGUGAACACGGAUCAUCAGAUAUCACAAAAACUUUAAUGGAGUUGAUCACAGCUUUGCCAGGUCCUCAUCAGUCAACGCUGCGCUUCCUGAUGGCGCACUUUAUCAGGUUAUGGAAGAUACAGCACGAGUCUGAGGUCGACGACGGUCUGGACAAACUGUCCCACGUGUUCUGUCACAUACUGCUGCGGCCGCCCUGGGAAAAAAUCAUUGAGAUUGUUGACAACACCAAGUACCACAUAGACAUCUUCGAGGAGCUUUUGAAGAACGGAAGUUGGGGAGAAGCACCUCCCCCAUCACCGCCCACCCGGCCACCCCGCCCACAGUCCCCGAUCAUAUCCUCAGAACAUCUAUCCGUCAUGUCUGCCGAGGAGCGACUAAAGGAAGCAGAAUGGUACUGGGGGAAUCUGUCCCGUGAGGAAGUUAAUGAACUGUUAAGAGACAAACCUGAUGGAACGUUUCUGGUGCGCGAUUCAGCUACACAAGGAGAUUAUACAUUAACAAUACGGAAAGGCGGAACUAACAAACUCAUCAAAAUUUACCACAGUUCCGACGGCAAGUUCGGCUUCGUGGAACCGUUAACUUUUAAUUCUGUUGUGGAGCUUAUACAGCACUACAGUAAUAUUUCACUGUCUAUCUACAACCGAACACUCGAUACCAAGCUUCUUUACCCUGUGUCCAAAAACAAGGCAGCGGAGUUAGAUACAGACAGUCUCAAGGAAGAAUGCAAGAAACUCCAAAGAAUCAAUGCAGAGUACCUUACGAAGAUGCACGAAUACGAUACACACUACGAGGAACACUCCAAACUCUCUCAGGAACUCCAGCUCAAACACCAGGCAUUGGACGCCUUCAAGGAAACCGUCGCCGUGUUCGAGGAACAGAUGGAACUCCACAGAAAACAUCAGCGAGAUGUAUCACUCCACGAUAUUCAAAAAUUACAUGAAAAUUAUGAGCUGUUAAAAAGUAGAUGUCAAAGUAUUUAUGAAAGUAAAGAAAAAUUGGAAAUGGAAAUUAACAGAAAAACUACUCUAAAUAGAACACUAAUAAGUGAUAUGAACAGUUUAAGACCAGAAAUCAAGAGACUUCAUAAACAGCGAGAGCAGGUGAAGAAGUUUCUUCUGGACCAAGGAGAACAGCCCGAUUCUAUUGACGCCAUUCUCCUGGAAAACGACAGGGACCCUCUAUUAAAUGAGAAGAACUGGUUUGUGAACUGUGUUCGGGAACAAGCAGAGCGUCUUCUCGCUGGAACAAAAGAUGGAACAUUCCUGGUUCGACCAAAGGAUCGUGUCCAUGUGUUGUCAAUCAUGUGCAAUGGGAAAGUAGGUCACUGCAUCAUCGGUAACAAUGAAGGACGCUUCGGGUUCUCUGAAGGUUUUUACAAGUUUGACGAUGUGAAAGAUCUUGUAUUGCACUACCACAGAGAAUCUCUGAAGGAACACAAUGGAGAGUUGGACACAAAACUAAUUUAUCCUGUACACUGCCAGACAACAAGUGCUCAGGGCCAAGGUCCGGACAUAUACCUCAAAAUGCGACCAACGACAUCUUAGUGCAUAUACAUAUACAAAUUAUUGACAGUAUUCAAGGCAACUGUGAUUCCUCUCGUCAGUAGUGUUACAAUGCGAGUUCAUAGCAUAAUCUUAAGUUUGUGGAAGCUAUAUAUCGAGCAAGGAAACUGUGGUGGUGAUAGCCACCGUAAAUAUGUGCUGUGUCUCUAAUCAAAGAGAUCUGCUGAGAUAAACUCUUCGUCGUAAAAUAUAAGUACUAGUUUUAAUGUGCUACCCACUAGAAAACGUCUUUCAAUUCUGGUGCACAAAUGGUCAUGUGACCAUGGACGCUUUGUUUCAUUGGAUCAAGUCUACAAGACUGCUGAAUAACAGAGUCAAACUGUUUUUUCAUUGGUCAAAUAAUUAUAUAUUUAGUUGUUUUUUUUCUUGGAUGAAUGAACAAAAUGUGACGUUUGUGACAUUAGGUGAAUGAUUCACCAAAUGGUAUGAGAACAGCAGAAAAAUGAAGUGAAAGGAUACAUCUGUGAUUGGUACGCCCCAAGUGCUACAUAAAGAAACUUAAUUGCAUGUUAUAGAUUUCAAAGUAAUUUUCUUACUGAUAUUUUUUGCAGAAGAAAAAGAUAUGUGGGGAAAUUUAUCAUGAUGAUUGUGAUUUGCAUGAGAAGAAUAGUUGAAUUUGUUUUGUGAAAGUUUGUUGUCUUUUGAAGAUUAUGUUUGUGAGAACGAAUGGUGAUAGCUAGAAUAUCUAGAGUCAUCAGUGAUGCAUUGUUGUUUGUUUUUUUGUUGCUGAUGUACAUUGUACUGCAAUCAAAUUGUUACUCUUGAGCAUGGAAAUGAUUUAAAUGGCAUUUGUGUGUCUGUUAAACCACAGGACCUGCAAAAAAUAUGUUGUUCUAUUACGACUUGUGUUCAGUUAGCAAAACUGUAAAUAUUGUGCUCUAGCUCAUUCAGGAAAAAGCUCUGAUUGGUCGCUGAUGUGCAUGUUAUUAAUAUAAAAUGAGUGAGAGUGGGUGAGUGUGGGUCAUAGAUUAAGAUCAUCUCCCAUUUCUCAUCAUACCUGACUAUCUUAAGGUAACGGAAUCAGACUGGUGCUAUACAUGGUUCUUUGUGUCCUUUUGAUAAGCACCAUGUGUGUUUGCUGAAAAUAUCUUUCUGUGUUGGUAAUACAUAAAUAAACCUGUGCUCUUCCAGAAAUAUUUUCCAUAGAUAAUCCAAUUCUAGUGAUACGAUUGGCGAGGAGGAUAGAGAUAUGGUACAAGGUACGACAACCUCCAGGCAGAAUACUCACUCGACCAUGUAGAGAGUGAUGGAGCGUGUCUCUAACUUUUCUGUAUAAUUUAUUACUGUCUCUUAAUUUUGUACCAUGCUAAGCAUUUUUAGAAGUAUGCUUAGCCACAAAUUUUAAAUGCAUUAAUAUAUUCAUCAUUAAAACUAUACUGCUUGUUCCUUCAGCAUUAACUUAUUUUAAAUUUUCAUAACUAUAUCUGCUUAAUAUACGAGACAAGCUUGACCUUUCAAAAGUUCAAAUAGUGCCCCCUGGCCUUAAAGCUUUCACAGGUUCAAAUUUUAGAAGAUAAUUUUCACAUAUGUUUAUGAAACGUUGACUUAUUCAAAUAUUAUAACUUCGUCUUCCUAGUAUUUUAUAUAUGAAUAAUUAAAAGCAUGUUUAUGACAUUUACAGGGCAAACUAUUUAUGUGUAUCAGUUGACAAGAUUGUAUCACAAAGACAAUAUGAAAACCGUCAAAGUUUUCAUUGUAAUAAUAUUUUUUGACAAAAGUUAUUCUAUAUUUUGUGAAUCUCUCAAUCUAUCAAAACAAACUUGCUUUAUAUUGUAACAAUUUGUAAGAGUUUCAUAGUUAAAUAAGAACACAAUACAUUCCAAAUGAAAUGUAUAACAAGUAAGGACUGAAUCCGGCAAAUAAACUUACAAGUGGUUUUUUUUUUUUUUUUGCAGAAAUCUUUGCUAUAUUUUACAGAGAAAGGAGGGCUAUAUAAAUUGUUAUGUAUGAGGAUUAAGCUUCUGUAUACCAGUUAGAUUAUGACUUUUGUUAUGAAAUCUUGUGUACAAGUUUCUCACUACUACCAGGUGUGAUGGAAAAGUCAUAUACAUGCCUGAUUGUUAUGACAGAAAUGUUGUGUAAUUUGUUUCCAUAACUUACAUCUUCAUCAUUGACUUCAUUGUCUGUGUGGUUCUGUGUGUAGUGCCAAGCAGACAAGUAUCGAUCAGUUCAUAUCUUACACAAAUCCUACAAAUAAAAGCAUCAAUUUUA